GGGCAUUAAAUCUAGUAUAGAUUCUUUCCAAAUCCAUUUGACAUACAAACCCACAAAGGCAUAAAAAAUGAUUCAGAAUUCUAGAGGUAGGAUCAGGGAUUGCAAAAGGCAGAAGACAGACACUAACAAUGGGUUGCACUCUGUUAAUGAUGAGUCAGUAGUUGCUGGUGCUGAAUGUUCAGAUCAAUCCAAUAUUGAGGCAAAUGCUGCUGCUGUGAUGCCUUCUAAUGGUUUGCAAGCUUGUGACACUUCUGAGUGCCUUGGAUUCUCCAUAGAGAAGGUCAAUGAACCUUGCCACUUGGAAUUACAAUGCUACAGGACACCUAUUUACUUUGGCGGUAGAUACCUGAAGUACUCAAGAAAUGUGAGCCAAACAUGCUGGAUGAUUGAUGAAGAAAGGGUGGGAGAAGCAUCUGUUGAGGAGAUAAUAGGUAGCAACAUUCUUCCUAUGUGUAAAGGUGAUAAUUACAAGUUUCAUGCUGCUGGCAGAGAAGAUAUUGAUGUUCGAAUGUUGGGUUCAGGGCGGCCUUUCCUAGUUGAGAUACAAAAUGCAUGCCAAAUCCCAUCAGAGGCAAUUGUAAAAGAAAUUGAAGCAAGGAUAAAUGGCUCGGAAAAUAAAUUAGGAAGUUUGAUAUCAGGUUAUUUAGAGACUGCUUGCAUCAGCAUCAAAUUAUUAAAAUUAGCUGCAUGAAUCACAUUUGCAGGUUGGAGUUAAAAAUCUCAAAGUAGUGGGCAGUGAGGGUUGGGCACUGAUGCGUGAAGGAGAAUCAGAUAAGCAGGUAAGUUUUUAGUUUUUUGCUACAAUAAUUUUACCUUUGAGGAAAAUUUUGUUCCAUUUGAACAAAUAUUAUUGGAGUUGAUUAUUGGACCUGGGUACACUUUAUCUUUUACCAUCCCAAGUUACAAGUUUCACACAGAAGCAGUAUGCUGCACUAGUGUGGAUUUCUCGUCCACUUGAUGACGAAGAUUUGAAAACUAUGUCUUCGCUCAAGGACAUGCAAAUUAUGCAAAAGACUCCGAUAAGAGUGCUCCAUCGUCGAAGUCCGUUGGAGCGGGAAGAACUUAUAAAUUGGAUGAAAAUUGAGAGGAUUGCUGGAAGCUCUCAAUAUUUUCUACUGUAUCUCUGCACUCAGGCAGGAACAUAUAUCAAGGAAUUUGUUCAUGGGGAUCUCGGGCGGACACACUCAAGGUACAGAACUAACCGUCCUUUAUGGUUAUGCUGUCCAUCGUAGCCACUCUUUAGAUGUUUGAAAAGCUUUGGUCAUCACUUCAUUAUUUUUGUCAAAAAACUGUUUUAGCCCGGACCAUAAAACAGUAAUCCUUAAAUGAAGGAUUGGGAUCCUU